AUGGUUGAAAAUAACAUGCAUUCACCAUCAAGCAAGUCGGUUACUACAAAUGAAGAUCUUCCUCCACCAACUAUUGAACAAACUCCAACACGAUUUUUAGCUGCAUGUUCAAAACACGACUUGGAACCAAAUCCAUUCGAACAGAGUUUUUCCGGUGUCAAUCCUCUUACAGAAAGUACCGGAGCGAAUAGUCCAAAACCUAGCUUACCUCCGGUUGCACAACUUGAAAGCCCAUCAGCCGGUAUCCCUACUAAUGAGGAUCAAUAUGGUUGGAAUUUACAAUCACUGCGAAGUGGGCCAUUAUCACCUUCCAUGUUAGCGGGACCACAAGAUUCAAUGAUGUUUGAUGACCUUAGAGCCGGACGUACUGGAACCACCCCACUUCCUUACGGUUCAUUCCCAGAUCCAUCACCUCGAACGGCCGCACUUUUUGGAACACAAAAUUCAAGUUUGGCCUCGUCAUUCAUGAAUGUGAUGACAUUGUCAAGUGCCGCGAAUGCUACGGAUCACUUCGGUCGUAAUGUGUUCGCUCAGAACGUCCAAAAACCACUCACAGAUUCAGAUCGUAAAACAAUCUCGGAUUCCGUUACUUCCGUCUCGGGUACUUCCACGUCACAACCCGGUGUUAUACAAUCUGGGGUUUCCUCUGUGAACGCAACGAAUUUGCUUGGUAUAAAUAAUGGUUCUAGCACGGGUGCGCCUACGGCCAGUGUAAUGGUAACGAAUCCACUUGGUCAUACAGUAAUGGUUGCAAAUCCUACCCUUAAUCGAAAUAUGAUGACUUCGACUCAACAAGAUACAAUAAAUCGAAAUGUAUCCAUGAUGUCAGAUACAAUCAUGCCAAAAACCGAAAAAGAUGAUUUUACAGAGUCUGCGAUCAUAUUAAAUAAUGGAACACAUUCUAAUGGUAUAAGUUCGAAUAUAUCGCAUCAUAAAGGACCGGUUCUUACUGGUCAAUCGAUGGAUCAUGAUGAUGAUCGAUCAGACAGUUCCAGUCCUAUAAAGAGUAUUCCUCGUAGUGUACGUCGAAAAGCUGAAGAUGGUUUGAUUUCUGAACAACCUCCCGCAAAGAAAAAUGGACAAAAAUCUAAGAGUGAUAUGACGGACGAAGAAAAGCGAAGGAACUUUUUGGAAAGAAAUCGUCAAGCUGCACUCAAAUGCCGCCAACGUAAGAAACAAUGGCUCGCUAACUUACAGGCUAAGGUUGAAUAUCUUACGAAUGACAAUGAGACUUUGCAGAAUCAGGCACAAAGCUUACGUGAAGAAAUUCUUAAUUUAAAAACAUUAUUACUUGCACAUAAAGAUUGUCCGAUUGCUCAAGCUAAUGGAGUUAUGGGAUUAGAUUCAAUACAACCCACUGUUGGAGGAAUUGCACAAAAUAUGUCUGGAAUGAACGUCGGACAUAAUGGAAUUCCAAUUGGAAUGGUUCCAGGUACUAUGCAAGGAGGCAUUCCAGUCACAAAUGUACAAGGAACAAUGGCAAUGACAAAUGUUCAAGUCCCUCAACAUAUGUCAAAUCAUGUAAAUGGGCCACCAGGUUCUGGAAAAAUUCUUGAUAGUUCGAUAAUGUUUAACUUUCAUCAUUUAUGA